GGAUCAGGGAAAAAAAAAAAAAAUAGCGCCAGAGACACCCAGGACGAUCUUGGGCCAGAUCACCGAAGGUCCAGCGACGGCAGCGAUCACCCAGUCCGCUCACUAACAGCGCCAGCCAAUGGAGGAAGUUAAAGCGCCCCAGCCAGAGCGGCCUAUCCCCAGCCAGUGCCCCGUCGCCGAUCCUGCGCUCGCUGGCCUCUCAAAGAACCAGCGCAAGAAACUGCUGCGAGAACAGCAGUGGGAGGCCACUCGAGAAGAACGCAAGCAGAAGCGAAAGGAAUUGCGAAAGGCCCUCAUCAAGCGAAAGCGAGAAGAGAUUCGGUCAGGAGAACGGGCACCCAAGCGACGGCGCCCUGCAGAGCAACUGGAAACGGACGUCGGCGUGAUUAUCGAUCUGGAUUUUCAAGAGCUGAUGAACCCCAAGGAGAUCAUCAGCGUGAGCAAGCAGAUGGUGCGCUCGUACUCAGAGUCGCGCUUCUGCCCAAAGAAAACAAUUCUGAUAGCGUCGAGCUACAAGGGUCCCAUCCGCGAAGCAAUGGACAAAUUUCAAGCGCAAUGGACGAGUUGGAAGAUGAGCUUUGAGGAGCGUCCGUUUGAUGCCAUCGUACCGAAGGAGUCGCUGGUGUACUUGACAGCCGACUCACCAAAUGUCAUCGAGACACUCGAGGCGAAUAAGUAUUAUGUGAUUGGAGGAAUUGUCGAUAAGAACCGUCACAAGGGCCUCUGCUACCAAAAGGCUCUCGACGCUGGAAUAGCGCACGGCAGGCUACCGAUUGCCGAAUUCAUCUCCAUGGACUCUCGCAAAGUCUUGACAAUCAAUCAAGUGUAUGAAAUUAUUCUGAACUACCUGGCGAUGGAUAACUGGAGGGAUGCGUUUCUGGCAACCAUACCGGCCCGAAAGGGCGCCCAGGUCAAGGAUAGCCACGAGGACCAAAGCGAUUCUGGCGACGAGAGCGAAAGCUCUGGCGACGAGGAUCUCAAGGAGCACAAGGCCGAUGGCGACGAUUCAAACCCGCCCCUGGGUGACGAAGAUCCUGGUAUCGAUGAGAACACUAGUGAAUAUCCUGGUAUCGCUGAGGAGACUACUGAAUAUCCUGGUAUCGAUGUGGACACCAGUGAAGAACAACAAUCCCUCCAAGAAUCAGUAGGACACAGUGAACUUUGAGGCCGCAGCUGGGUCUGUAAAUGCCGAACGGUGCACAUUGAUGGCUUCAAUUUGGUCAGUGCCAGUGCUGCCGCUGCCGGUUGCUGACGGCAAGUUACGGCGUUCCAAGUGAAUAUGAGACACUCUGUUUUGAACCAGGACAGCUGUUUCAUUCUGGGACCUGAAUACACCCACC